AUGUUGAUUUGUUCAUCGUAUAUUAUUAUUAUAUUAAAUAUAUUUGGUCUAGUUUUAACCACUCCUGUUAAACAAAUAUCAUUAAAUGAGAAAAUUGGAGAUAAUUCAUUAGAACAAGCAUUUCGUAAUGCUGAAAAAACACUUCAUCGUUAUUAUUAUUUAAUGAAAUCUGAUACUGAUCAUCUUGUUCAUGGUAUGUUACAUAUUUUAAUGAACAAUCCAACUUCAUUUCCAUAUAUUCCAUAUCGUGCAAUGAAUAUAGCAUUUAAAAAUGUGGAAGAAAAAUUAGGUUCUGAAGAAGUUGAAACUUUAACAAAACCUUUAUUACUUGCUAUUGAACAAAAUUAUCAAGCAAAAUCUAAACAACCGUCGACAUUUAAAUUAACCGAUGAAACAAAAGAAAAAAUUGAAGAUGCAUUAGACAAAUUUUUAGAUGAAGAAGAAUUUGAUCGUCAUUUGUGA